GGUGUCUCUACUGCUGUGAGCAGUAGCAGCUUCAAGCAUGAUGGAGAGAAUGCUGAAGCGAGUUGGGCUGCAAAGCAGUAAAAAAGUGCCUGACAAUGAAAAACAGCAACCUUUAGAGAGUGAGGCAGCAGCUUGCAGUAACAGUGUGGUUAAAGAUGGUGUCGCGAAUGACAGAAAAAGUCCGGGAAGUGGUGAAUUACAGUGGUGCGAUUUAUUGAGUUUCAGGAACGUGUGCGCGGUCGGGACAGCUGACAGCAGCAGCGGUUGUUCGGAGAGUAAUAUCGGGAAUCAGCUGGGAAAUGACGACUCCGUGGUACGCCGUUCCAGGCGUUCCCGUGUGUUUAAUUUUCAUUAUUUAGAUUUACAUAUAAUGGAAUUCAAACCGCGAGCAAUUACAAGGCGUUUAUGUGGCGGCAGGAAACCAGACAACGAAUUGUAUCGGAGUAACAGCUUCAAAUUCGAACGAUUUGAAAGGAUUGACGACGCAAGUUCUCUUCAGAAACAGGUUCAUUUUGUCGCCUCGUUGCCAUGGUUACUACGAAGCAUGAGAAGUCCACUUACUCAUUGCCAUCAUGAUCUGGAGGCUUUUCAUGUCGAGGAAAUAAGGGAAAAAGAGGCGACUUGGACUCGAACCCAUGGAU